UUAGACACUUAUAAAACGGCGGCUUUUGGUGAGCAGAAGUCACACAAAGUUUUGGAGAGCGUUCUGAUAGUUGGUUCCCACAUUUUGAACAAUCUGCACACAAAAUGAAAGCAUUUGCCGUUACUUUGCUGGCGAUUGUAGCUGUUGCUUUGCUGGUGGACGUCUGCCAGGGGCAGUACGAUUUCAGGAAGCCGGAUGGUCGAAUGGAGGACAUCGAGGCCAUGCUGAAGCAUAGCCACAUGCCGUCGUUUGAAGAUAUGCCGCGGUUCCGCCGGUCGCCGUUUGAUGAUUUCAACGAGGAGAUCGAAGACCACGCUGGUGGAAAUGACCAUGACCACAACCAGGGAGGCGGUCAGGGUCAAGGCCAGGGCCAGGGAGGGCAAAACGGCCAGGGGCAGGGUGGAAAGCAUUAAGUGUUGUUUUGGUGGAAAGCUUGGAGAACAAUAAUAUCUGGAUUUGGUUGUCAAUUGCAUCGUUAUUUUACAGUUUGGUGACAGUGCACGUUUUGUGAAGCUUUUAUUUUCUGAUUUGGAUAUUGUUAUUUGAUUGAUGUUUAAUAAAUUUGCACACUGUUUAGUAAAUUUAAAAAAGUUUUUGGAGAAAUAUCGCAUAAAGUCCUGUCUAGUCUGUUAUACUGAAAACUACAAAAAAUAUAUCUUGAAAUUAGCCAAUUGUUUCAAUUUUCAAAAUACAUUCAGAUUGAUUCACAUUGUUUGAAUACAAAGUACCAUUAUUCAAGGGUGACAUUGGGUCUGGGGGUGAAAUUGUGUCAUACAAAUUUCAGCAGACUCAAUGUCACUCUUGAUGAUGGUACCAUAAAAGUUGUAUUUUGAAAGUUUAAUUUACAGUAUCAAAUCAUAUUAUCUACUGAAAAUAAGAUUGUAAAUUCGUGCUUUUGUAAAAUUGUAAAAUUUAAAUCAUGAAUUUAUUUUGAUUGAAACGAACGAUUUAAUUUUCAAACAUAGUGGCUUUCUCCAAACAUGUUGACAAUUUUUCUCAAACAAACUUCAAGGCCUUAUGGAGAGGGGUUCCCGUGGUCAGAAUUAGCUCAAAUUUGGAAUUCAGCCUAGUGGUGGGCCAAUAUUUGAUUUCAGGGGGUAGCCCAAAGUAAGCUUAGAUUUGGAACACCCUAAUAUACACUCAAACCCCGGUUGUUGGUCAUUUUUUCGUUUGACACAUUUUAGUUUGUACCAAGUUGGUUUGACAAAGUCGUACUACAAAGUGACAAACUGUCACUUUUUAUACGGGACUCACACUAACUAUCAAACCAAUCGUUUGGUUGGUGUCAAACCAUCGAGGUUUCAAUGUUUAAAUAACUUAACUAAUAAUAGCGUGCAA